GAUCACUCGACACAGAUACGCCGCCGCGGGAUUCGCAUGCGCGAUGCUGGAGAUACGAUGAAAUUCCUCUAUUGGCUUCGGAGGCUCUACUCCCUCGAUACUUUGGACACUCGCUUCACUGCGUCUGCAACCACAUCGCUCAAAGCGGCUCCUGACACGCGAACCGCCGAAGCAUCGACUGGGGACAAGAAUAACAGAACCAGCUCACUUCCCAAUGGCGCCUCCCCACCAAAAUGGAAGACGCCAGAGUUCUUCGUCUAUUACCUCUUCUUCAUAACCUUGGUGCCGUUGAUGUUCAAGACGGUCAUUGAUAUUUCGCAAGAGAGUUAUCCCACUUAUUCAACAUAUUCUGACCUUCUCUCUCCGGGUUGGAUACCCGGGCGUAAAGUCGACAACUCGGAUGCGCAGUACUCCAGUUUCCGCGAUAAUAUCCCAUAUCUCCUCCUGCUGUUGAUCCUACAUCCCCUCCUCCGUCGACUGUACAAUUCACUAUCCCCGGUUGACGCGCGAUCUGUAACGCAAGGUGCGAAGCCCACAAUUGCUGCUGCGGGGGACGCUCGUCUAAAACAGCGGAUCACAUUCGACUACUACUUCGCCUUGAUAUUCAUAACAGCUCUGCAUGGAAUCUCUGCGGCCAAAGUGCUCUUUAUUCUGUACUUGAACUAUAACAUUGCCACGAAGCUUCCGCGGAAGUAUAUCCCGGCAGUCACAUGGGUAUUCAACGUUGGCACCCUGUUCGCAAAUGAAUUGUGUGGAGGAUACCCUCUUGCCAAUGUUGCAAAAGCUGUAUCUGGAGACGAAACGGCUCUUGUGCGUUGGGCAGAAUGGCUGGAUGGUCUCGGGGGAUUGAUGCCGCGAUGGGAGAUCCUAUUCAACAUCACGGUCCUGCGACUCAUCAGUUUCAAUAUGGACUACUACUGGAGCUUGGAUUACCCCUCAAGCAGUCCGAUCGAGAAGAAGCAACUUGAUCCCUCGGCCCUGUCUGAGCGUGACCGUGUCGCCAUCCCCGCUGAACCGGCAGCUUUUAGCCCCAGGAACUACAUCGCCUAUAUUCUCUACUCCCCUCUUUAUCUCACCGGGCCUAUCCUCACAUUCAACGACUACAUUUCUCAGCAGAGAUAUUCCCCAGCCUCAGUCACGCGGACCCGGACUCUCCUCUACGGCAUCCGUUUCUUCCUGACAUUGCUUGCCAUGGAGCUCAUCCUGCAUUAUAUCUACGUUGUGGCUAUCUCGAAAUCAAACCCGGAUUGGUCCGUAUACACACCCGGCCAGCUCAGCAUGCUGGGCUACUUCAACCUACACAUCAUCUGGCUGAAGCUUCUCAUUCCAUGGCGUUUCUUCCGUCUCUGGGCACUGGUCGACGGAAUCGACCCUCCUGAAAACAUGGUCCGGUGCAUGUCCAACAAUUACUCCGCCCUCUCAUUCUGGCGUGGGUGGCACCGUUCCUUCAACCGCUGGAUCGUCCGCUAUAUCUACAUCCCCCUAGGAGGCAGUGGAGGUCGCCGUGUCUCUACGGGUGAGAAACCCACAUUGGCCACGAUCUUACGCUCCAAAGCCCGCACGAUCAUCAAUCUCCUCGCCGUCUUCACAUUCGUUGCGCUCUGGCACGACAUCAACCUCCGUCUCCUCAUGUGGGGAUGGCUAAUCACACUUUUCGUCCUCCCCGAAGUCAUCGCCGGUCUCCUCUUCCCUGCAAACCGAUGGCAGUCACGACCCACCGCCUACAGAGUUCUAUCCGGAAUCGGCGCCGUCGGAAACGUUCUCAUGAUGAUGAUAGCCAACCUGGUCGGAUUUGCUCUCGGCUUAGACGGACUAAAGGGUCUCUUAAGUGGCAUUCUAGGCUCGUAUUCCGGCAUUGUUUACUUGAUCUCUUCGUGUGUGGUACUCUUUGUGGGCGUACAAGUCAUGUUUGAGGUUCGAGAAGAGGAGUUGAGAGCGGGUAUUCGAUUAAAGUGUUGAUGUUGAUGCUCUAUUGUUGCAUAUUGGGUCCUCUAGAGAUGAAAGGGCUUACAGAGGAGUAACUAGUAUUUGCUUUCUUUUCUGCUCUUGUCUCUUCUUUUUAGCUGAAGAAGCGAGAGAAGCUCUACUUUGGUUAUUUAUGUAUUAUACAAUGCUAAUUGAAGCUUGAGAGAUUCUUAU